AUGAAGUAUAGUGCUUUAGGACUCGGAGUCCUGGCCUUACUUCAUUCUGCUAAUGGACACUUACAUCGUACGUUCCAUCGUCAGGCUAAUGUAACAAGGGUGGGAAUUGAUGACGAGAUAGACCAUGGGAAACAAUUCCCAAAACGCGACGCAGAAACUAGGUCUUGUCCAGAGGGUAAGACCACAAAUACAGUCGUUGUGCAUGUCGAUCAGGAAGGGAAUACUUUGAGUAUGGAGACGGUGUCAGCGACAUCUAGUUCUCUUGUCGGUUAUUCCUCAUCAAUCCCUCCAGCACAAAAUAUUGAUUAUCAAUGGAAAACAGGUUUCUCAAGCCCCACAAAAAAAAAUAAACACGGAAUAUCAUACUCCCCAUACAAUGCCGACAGCACGUGCAAAGGACAAGACCAAGUCAACGACGACAUCAACUCUCUCCGCCAAUUCUCUCUCGUUCGGAUAUACGGUGUUGACUGUGACCAGGUCAAGACAGUCACCAGAGCUGCACGACAAAAUCAAAUGCAGGUUUUCGCUGGGGUAUUCAACGUUGACAGCCUGCAAAACGAUUUACAGAAAAUCAUUGACGCUGCGGAUGGGGACUGGUCGACUUUCCACACCGUUUCUAUUGGCAACGAGCUUGUCAAUAGAGCUCAGAAUUCUCCUGAGCAAAUUGUCCAGUUGGUGAAUACCGCGCGUGACACGCUGCGUCAGGCGGGCUAUCAUGGCCCUGUAGUCACUGUUGAUACGUUUAAUCAAAUCAUUGAGCAUCCAGAGUUAUGUGAAGCAUCGGACUACUGCGCUGCAAAUUGUCACGCGUUUUUUGAUUCAACGCAAACAGCUGACACCGCCGGGCCCUAUGUACUCGAACAAGCUCGCCUUGUAUCAGAGGCAGUAGGUGGCAGCAAAAAGGUCAUCAUUACUGAAUCAGGCUGGCCGUCUGCAGGCGUGCCAAAUGGUAAUGCUAUACCAUCGCGACCAAACCAGGAGGUUGCAUUGAAGAGUCUGCGGGAGAACUUUCCGCAUGGUGGUCUCAUUCUAUUCAGUGCCUUUGAUGAUAAGUGGAAGGCGGAUAACGAGGGGACGUUUGGGACAGAAAAAUUUUGGGGUAUUGAGCUGGGAGAGAUAGAUAGGUCGGGUUGAUAUGCAUGAGAAAACAUUGAAUUGGGUUAUGGUUAGUAAAUGUAUUUGAUUUGAACUGAGAUGUAUGUAUGUCCAUAUGUAACAAAAAAAGUGCAUCGACGGAGAUCCAGCGCCCCUUUUACGCUUUAUCACGCGAUUAAUUAUCUAUGGAUAACUGAUCUCA